AUGUUCAGCUGGGUGAAGCAGGAGCAGGGCGGCCGCAACAAGGAGGGCGAGAUGUACCAGACGGUGACCGAGGGUCUGCAGAGCCUCUACAGCAAGAAGCUGCUCCCCCUGGAGGAGACCUACCUCUUCCACGACUUCCACAGUCCCGCCCUGGAGCCCGCCGACUUCCACAGCAAGCCCAUGGUGCUGCUGGUGGGCCAGUACUCCACCGGCAAGACCACCUUCAUCAGGUACCUGCUGGAGCAGGAGUUUCCGGGCAUGAGGAUCGGACCGGAGCCGACCACGGACGGCUUCAUCGCGGUGAUGCACGGCGACACGGAGGGCAUCAUCCCCGGCAACGCCCUGGUGGUGGACCCCAACAAACCCUUCAGGAAGCUCAACGCCUUCGGAAACUCCUUCCUCAACAGGUUCAUCUGUUCUCAGAUGCCCAAUCAGGUUCUUCAGAGCAUCAGCAUCAUUGACACACCCGGGAUCUUGUCAGGGGAGAAGCAGCGCAUCAGCAGAGGUUACGACUUCGCCGAGGUCCUGCGCUGGUUCGGCGAGCGAGUGGACCGCAUCAUCCUGCUGUUCGACGCCCACAAGCUGGACAUCUCCGACGAGUUCUCGGAGGCCAUCAAAGCCUUCAAAGGCCAGGACGACAAGAUCCGGGUGGUCCUCAACAAGGCGGACCAGGUGGACACGCAGCAGCUGAUGAGGGUCUACGGCGCCCUCAUGUGGUCGCUGGGGAAGGUGAUCAACACCCCCGAGGUGGUCCGGGUCUACCUGGGCUCCUUCUGGGCCAAACCGCUGCAGAACACGGAGAACAGGCGUCUGUUCGAGGCCGAGUCUCAGGACCUCUUCCGAGACAUCCAGAGUCUCCCGAGGAACGCCGCGCUCCGCAAACUCAACGACUUGAUCAAGAGGGCUCGCCUCGCCAAGGUGCACGCGUACAUCAUCAGCCACCUGAAGAAGGAGAUGCCGGCGCUGUUUGGGCGCGAGAAGAAGAAGGAGGAGCUGAUCGCCAGGCUGCCGGAGAUCUACGGCACCCUGCAGCGCGAGCACCACAUCAGCCCGGGAGACUUCCCAAACGUGGCCAAGAUGCAGGACAUGUUGCAGCACUACGACUUCAACAAGUUCCCCUCGCUGAAGAUGAAGCUGGUGGAGUCGGUGGACAAGAUGCUGGCCAACAAGAUCGCCGGGCUGAUGUCCAUGAUCCGCGAUGAGGAGUCCAAGCAGCCGCCCGCCAUGGUGUCCGGCGGCGCCUUCGAGGGCUCCCAAGAAGGGCCGUUCGGUCAGGGCUACGGCGAGGGCAUCAGCGCCGGCGCCGACGCCGACGACUGGAUCGUGUCCCGCGACAAGCACCGCUACGACGAGAUCUUCUACACGCUGAUGCCCGUCAACGGCAAGAUCAGCGGCGUCAACGCCAAGAAGGAGAUGAUGAGCUCCCGGCUGCCCAACACCGUCCUGGGAAAGAUCUGGAAGCUGGCCGACUGCGACCACGACGGCAUGCUGGACGACGAGGAGUUUGCUCUGGCUCAGCACCUCAUCAAGGUCAAGCUGGAGGGCUACGAGCUGCCCGCCGAACUCCCCACCCACCUGCUGCCCCCCGCCCACCGCAAAGACCCCACGGCGGACGCCAUGUACAACCACGGCGAGGACUAGACCCCCUCGCCUCAAAUCUGUGCUUUUAUUUUGGUAAGACGCCGCGUCCCGUGCCUUCACGCUUUUAUUGGGGAAAGAGCCCGACUUGCUUUUUUGAAGUGCCUUAUUUUGAAAGUCCGAAGCAUCGCAGAGAACCCCAGAGGUCAUCUGCCCCUCACGCCGGUGACCUUUGACCCCCUUUCCUCGGGGAAAUAGGGACAGAAAGGCGAGGUCAAGGCCACUGAUGAGAGCGCCACGCCCUGCUUCCUCUUCCUGUCUCUCCUUUCAAAAUAAAGUGCGUUUAUUGAUGUUA